UUUGUGCUCUGAUCGUCAUUCGUUCGAUUGCAUCUCGACAAUGGCUUUCAAAUACGUCCUCUUGGCUGCUUUGGUCGCCGUCGCCCACGCUGGUAACCCUCAAUACACCUUCGGUUAUGGUGUUUCGGACCCCUUGACCGGAGACGUCAAGAGCCAAGUUGAAAGCCGAAGCGGAGACAUUGUACAAGGACAAUACUCUCUUUUGGACUCUGAUGGAACCCGGCGUGUUGUCGACUACGCCGCCGACGGUAUCAAUGGAUUCAACGCUGUUGUUCGCAAGGAAGCCGCCGCUGUCGCCGUCGCCGCCUCUGCUGUAGCUCCAGUUCUCCGUGCCGCUCCUGCCAUCGCCGCAGCUCCCGUUCUCCGUGCCGCUGCUCCAGCUAUCGCCACCACUCACGCUUACGCCGCUCCUGCUGUAGCCACCGCUCCUCUUCUCCGUGCCGCCCCAGCCAUCGCCGCCACUCACGCUUACGCCGCUCCCGCUCUGGCCGCUGCUCCUCUUCUUCGUGCCGCUCCAGCCUUCGCCACCUCUCACGCUUACGCCGCUCCCGCUGUAGCCGCUGCUCCUCUUCUUCGUGCUGCCCCAGCUAUUGCUACCACCCACGGUAUUGCCGCUCCAGCUAUUGCCACUUCCGUUGUCCGUUCCGCCCCAGCCCUUGUACAUGGUGCCGCUUAUGCCGCCGGUGCCCAUGUUAUCAGUGCCCCCAUCGCUGCUCGUUAUGCCGCCUGGUAAAUUGUGAAGAUGUUUUCGAGUUUAUAUUUAUUGUAAAUAAUAUUUUCUUCAAGGAAAAUUGUACAUAAAUAUACAAAAUUAAUAUAAAA